AUGCAAGCGCUGCUGGACGAGCUGUGUGACACAACCCCGAAGCAUCUCGAUGGUUUGUGCGAGCAGCUGGGCCAAGACGAGGAUCUAAGCGGGCUGCAUCGGGAAGACGUUCUAGAUGGGUAUUGGAUGACGGCGCACUUCCACCCCCUCUGGGCGCUCUACGGUGAAUUCCUCAAGCUUUUUCCCUCAGCCGUCCGUCCAGCUGCCGCGGCUAAGCUCAAGGCUGAGCUCGACGUCGUGCUCGAAGUCGUUCUCGGAGCUACCUCGGCUCGCGCGGCCUCCUCGUCGCCGCCUUCGCCCGUUUCGCUUCUCGCGCCACCGUCCGGCGAACCAGCCGUCUCACGCGACCUUCAUGCGUCGCCUGGUGACGCGGCUGCCACCGCAGCCGUUGGCAAGGCAGGCGGCACCUUCAACGCCGACUCUGCUGACAAGGAGGUGAGCACCGCCUUAACCUUCGAGAUCCUCGGCAGGGAUACGCCAGCAUGGCUGGUCCGUGACGUCGAGCAGCUUAUGAAGGAGAGCUUCGACGAGUGGCCCGCUACGCUAUUGGAGUACCGCCGCGGCUACCGCGCGCUCGUCGCGUUGAACGAGCAGAAGGAGCUCCUCGCUGCAUGCUGGUUUGUUAGGCAUCUCAGCUACCUCUUCUGCCCGGCAUUUGCGACUCGUCGCGAGUUCCGGGGCCAGGGCAUCGGCGAGGAGAUGAUGGCCGAACUCAAGUCGAUGGCCGACGGCACAGGGCUGACAGGGUUAUCCAUAUCAGAGCGCCACCCAGGCUACCAGGCACAGAGAGCGCCCAAAUAUUGGCACGUAAUAGUCUCCCGACUGCUUCUCGUGGGGCCGCCGCGCCGCGAGACAGUCGACCUCUUUGUGUCAUGUGACACACACAACCCGGAUGGCUUUGCAGCCUCACCCGCGGGUGAAAUUCUCAAAAAGGUGCAGCACUUCUAG